AUACUUCAUGCUCUUCAAUGAUGGCGCUUUGUUGGGCUUCAAAACGCAACCCAAGUUGGGUCAACCUUUUCCAGAACCGCUUAACGAUUUUAUGGUCAAGGAUGCACAGGCCAUCCGUUACGAAAAGCCACGGCCAAAUAUGUUCAUGAUCCGCGUUCUACAAUGGACUACGGUUAUCGAGCGCACUUUUUAUGCAGAAAGUGCAGAGGUAAAAGCAUUUCAACAAAAUUUCUCCAUUGUCUUUUUACUGCAAUUUGCCACCGCAUUACGUGAGAGAUGGAUAUCCGCGAUUGAGCUUAUCGCCAAUAGGUACAGACAACACAUGAGUGAAGAACCGCAAUCAGCUCAAGAAGAGAUGAUGGAUGUAGUCAGUCAGGUGAGCUGUUGAUU